AUGGUGAACUCGACUCUGAACAACUCUGGAGUCUAUUUCUUCAUCACUGGUGAACCAAUCACUGAAGAUUUCGUGUGGUUUGAGGCUGCUCCUGUUCACGCCGGUAACGGCGUUAUCACUUUCAAGGAGUUCAUCCGAGCGAUAUCCAUAACAACAAAAGGCAACAUCGACGAAAAACUCAACUGGGCCUUCAACCUGUAUGACCUAGACAACGACGGGUUCGUGACGAGGUCUGAGAUGCUGGACAUUGUUACGGCUAUCUACGUGCUGCACGGCAAGGCGGGACUCGCUGACACGGACGCUGCCGGUGUGGAUAUCCCACGCAAGAGGGUCGACCAGCUCUUCGCAAAACUGGACACCGACGCUGACGCCCGCAUCAGCCGCGAGGAGUUCUGCGAGGGUUUCAAAACGGACCCAUUGAUCCGGCGCGCCCUGCUCAACGCUGUCUCCAUGCCGGACCAGCCGAAGAGCCUGCGCAGCUUCUCGACCACCUCUUCCGAAUGACCCGCCACUGUAGCUCCUGCGCUCGGCAGACCAGGCUGCCGGGCUGCCAUCCUGGCUGCGCAGGUCCACCGCAGCUGCGAACGGUGCUGGCAGUGCCGAGUCUGGUCAGAUGUCCAGCAGUUGGCUGCAGCGUCGGUGCACCACCACCAGCGCAUGGCAGUAGGCACCACGUCUGCCGGUGAGCAGGAGCGUCGAGGACCUUGCCAUUUCGCCGCCGCUGCGGAGGCGGGACCCUGCCGCUGCGAAGUAUUCACGCACUCGGCGUCUUCCUCAUCAGGCCGCGGAUCCCUCUGCAGCGCAGACGGAACUGCUGCCCCUGAACGGAGUGCCCACAUGUGCCGUGCUUCUUCGCCAGCGUCUAGCCAGCGACUACUGGCGGCCCCUGCGUGGCAGCCCCGUGUUUCGUGGUCACCGGAAACGCAGCAGCCGGAUGCAGCGCCUGCCAUGCGCAAGCUCUCGUUUAAUACUAAGCUAGAGUUAGUGCGAAGCGACGAACAAGAAGACUCUCGCUGGAGACGACAAUGUAGCAUUGCUAAGGCUAGAAGUGGCGUAGGCCAGUGCCCCAACUUCAGAGCGCCAUUCCUUUGGUACCGUAGGUGAUAGAGCAGUGGCACGUUCGUUAUUUAUUCAUAAAAUAUUGCCCGAACGCACAAAUUGUCUCAUGCAAAAGGAAUGUAGACCUACGCAAGGGUUUAGAUUUGAGAUGCUUGUGAACUACAAACCUUUAGUGAGGUACCAGUCACCAAAUGGCAAAAAAAGCUUUGAAGUACGCCGCAACAUCUGUCGUCCUGAAAACAUAGGGCAUGGAUGCUAAAUCUAAUGAGCACAUGUGACUCCGCCGUCCUGACAGAACGGUGCAGUGAAUCGCUCAAGCACUCUCUACUAUCGGCGGCGUGCUGUGUGUACAGCUGCUAGUGAUCAUGGUACAUAUUAAAUAAUCAUAAUAAAUGGAGCCAGCGAAGCAUA